UCUACAUCCAUAUUUCAUUCCUCUAGUCUAUCUUUGCAUAGUUCAGCCCUUUUUCUUCAUAAAUUUUUCCCUUUUGCUUCAAUCAUGGCUGGAGGAAAGAAGACAAAGGCUUCGAAGAAGAAGGUCACCACCGAGGCUACGUCAUCCGCGCCUCAACCCUUCCCAUAUCUCGACGGUUCCUUUUUGGAGUUCGGGUCAGAAGAGGAACUCACACGCUUCAUCACCUACUUCGCCAAACGCCCCAUCUCUCCGCCAAGAGUGCUACCCGAGCUAUACCCUCAACAAAAGGGUUACUACGACCUUGACAAUCAACUCAAGGAGUCGGGUCUGUGGCCUUUCGUCUCCCGCAGUCGCACCUCCUUCAAUCCCGCCUACGUUCGGGCAUUCUACUCCAAUCUCCGCCGGGACGGGGACACUAUUCGCAGCAGCAUCAAUCUCGUGGACUUCGACGAUGGUAAGGGUAUACCAUCGAUGGGAAGGCAUGACCGUUGGUGGUCAUUAAAGGUUGAUUCUUUCCUUGUUUGGAAGUCAACCUCCCACCCAGCGAUGGGAAGCUUGUACCCAUCGAUGGGUAGGUGACCGUUGACUUCAAAACUGAAGGAAAAUUGGCUUACCAGCGAUGGUUGAGUCUAAACAUCGAUGGGAAGCCAAUAUCCUGCAGAUCCCAAAUUUAUUCAAUCCCAUAAAUCAAGCCAAUCACCCCUUUAAUGUAGUGGUCCGUUGGAGCCUAUUUUGGCACUAUAAAAAGGGGUGUUUGGGUCUGCUUUUCUCACCAAUUCACUUCACAACAUCUAUACUUUCAUUGCAUUCAAAUAUCAUCAUUUUCCAUAGCUUUCUAGAGCCAUUUGUGUGUGAAGGUUGAGUUGUUCUUGAGCGUACCUAGUUUACUCAUAAUCUACUCUAUAAGAGAGUCUCGUUCUUGAGUGUACUUG